AUGAGGAGAUCUGCGCUGUUACUUGCCUGCGCUGCAACCACCUACGCGUGCUCCUGUGCCUUCCUGGGCAAUCUGCAUGAGGCAUUUUGCUUAUCUGAUUAUGUGACUCACGCAAAAGUUGCUAGCAAAUCCUAUAGCGAUGAUGGAACGUCCAUCAACUACAUCGUGGAACACAUGGCUGUCUACAGGAAGCCGGAGGACAUGUUCCAACUUCCAAUGACGAUUACUUCUCCGUCUGAGUUGCCAGCUUGUGGAGUCGAACUUGAUGUUGAAGAGGAAUAUCUCUUGGGAGGAAAAAUUCUUAAUGACGGCAGUCUGCUAAUAACUUCAUGUGGCUUGAUGAGAAAAUGGGACGAGUUUUCAAGAGAGAGUAAGAAAGCACUGAGAACAUAUACAUGCAAAGAAGAGGGCCCUGAUGAUGCAUAG